AAAAUUUCGAUCAACAUGGCCAGCUUCUUGCUGUCUCUCGCCAUCAGUAUUUUCUGGGUAGACUGGGUCUUAGGACAACAGUCGCCCAAUAUACUGCUGAUCUUGACAGAUGAUCAGGAUGUCGAGCUGCACGGAAUGUACCCGAUGUAUGAAACCAGCAAGCUCUUGGGACAAGCCGGAGCACAGUUCCACAAUGCAUUCACGCCCACGCCCAUUUGCUGUCCCGCCAGGGCAAGUCUUCUCACUGGGCAAUAUGCGCACAAUCACAGAACCUUUAACAACUCUGUCAGUGGAGGCUGCAACGGCCCGGAAUGGCUGCAUCGGUCUGAGCCCCGGGCUUUGCCCGUUAUUCUUCAGAACCACGGCUAUCGUACGUUCUUCGCUGGAAAAUAUCUAAACCAGUUUAGGGGGGCGAAGGUGCCGCGCGGUUGGAACGAGUUUUAUGGACUGCAUGGAAACUCCCGCUAUUACAAUUACACGCUGCGCGAGAAUUCCCAGAAUGUCAGCUAUACGUCCACUUAUCUAACUGACCUGCUGCGCGAUCGUGCGGUUCACUUCCUACGCAGUGCCACCCAAGGCGACGUGCAUAGGCCAUUUUUUGCAAUGGUUGCUCCGCCAGCACCUCAUGCCCCAUACACACCGGCACCGCGCCAUCGGGGAGUCUUUUCCAAUACGAAAGCUCUGCGCACCCCUAGUUUCAACAAUCCUACAGAGGAUAAACAUUGGUUGGUUGGAUCGUCCGCACAUCUGUCGAAUGAAACAAUCGCCACAAUAGACAGAUACUUUCAGGGGCGCUGGGAAUCACUUCUGGCUGUCGACGAGUUGGUGGCCGCCUUGGUGGCAGUGCUAAAUGAGACGAAAUCCCUCGAAAAUACCUAUAUCAUAUACACCUCGGACAAUGGGUAUCAUAUGGGGCAGUUCGCCCAGCCGUUUGACAAGCGACAGCCGUAUGAAACCGACAUUCACGUACCCCUGCUAAUACGGGGUCCAGGAAUAGCUGCAGAAAGCCACCUACACGUAGCCGUCAGCUUGAUAGAUCUGGCGCCGACAGUUCUGGAUUGGGCCGGCAUAACCGUUCCCCACUACAUGGAUGGGCGAUCAAUUUACGGGGAUCUGUUACAGGCGGGUCGGACAGACGGGGAUAUUUCGCUACAUCCCCCAUACCGCCACUCGUUGCUAAUAGAGUAUUGGGGCGAGGGUAACGAUGACACCUACAAUCCGUCAUGUCCGUGGCGACGCAGUGAUCGAUUGGCGGAAUGUACACCUGAAGCCGCUUGUCAUUGCCAAGAUUCGUGGAACAACACAUUCGCUUGCUUGCGGGACUUUAAAUAUAAUGACGAUCGCAUAUACUGUCAGUUUAGUGAUAACGAGAACUUUUCCGAGGCAUAUGACCUGCGACAGGAUCCUUAUCAAAUGGUGAACAUUGUCUACGACCUGCUGCCGAUUGUGAGAGCUCUGUAUAGGUUGCGGCUUCAGAACCUAACCAAGUGUUCUGGCCAGUCGUGCAUAGUAUAAGUAUGCAUCCAAUAAUCAAAUCUGAUCGGGAAAUUCCCAACGCAACUUGUUAUUCUUUGCAUCCAAUACAAAUAUUGUAUUGCGCUGCUGUAAUCUUGCUGAUCUGUUUGCUUGUCAAUGUCAAGGUGCAUCUUACUUUAAAAUUACUCAUAACUCGUUAUAUUCUAUACAUAAGACUACAAGUUUUGUUAAAUAUUUUUAUUAUCAUAAAUUUGUAUGAUUUAGGUAUUAAAACUGAAAAUGUAAAGGC